ACAGUGAGACAGCGUGGGCUCUUUCCUCCGGCGUCGUGCGCCACGCAACAGCAAGUUCGAGAGGAGUCUUGCCGCGGGCUCUCUGCAGCGCUGGCUCAAUCUUCCUGCGCGCCUCGGGUUCUUCUCCAGGGCUCAGCGGCCGCGGCUUUUCGAACCUGGCGCCUCCGGUGCAGAGCCGUGCGUGAGCGGCGCCCCGCGGCAGACUCAGCCCGCCGGUCGCGUCGUCCCUAAACCGCGGCUUGCCUAAAAUUAAACCCCGCCGCCGCCGGCAAACAGCAGACCUCCCGGCUCAACCCUGGCUCCGCUAGCCAAGGACAACGCGCGGCUUUUCGCCGUCGCCUCGGACAGCUACGCGACCCUGUAGGCGCCUCGGAAGGUAAUGCAUCCCGAGAAGUCUGCCAUGGUGACUCCGCUGCCCCAGACGCCCACCUUGGUGCUGAUCGACGGAAGCUGCUCUCUGCUUAGCCGACAAGACACCGAGUCUUCGUCGCCUCCGGGAUCCCCGCCUGCGGUGUCCAAGAAGACUCCGGGAUGCUCAUGGCGCGACCAAUGGCGCAUCGGGGCGCUGAUGGGCGCCUCGGUGGUGUCCCUGUACUGUUGCGUCUUCUGGCUCAUCUACGCUCUCUCCAUGGAGGGUGGCCGGAGACCGGGGCUCUUCCUGUCGGCCACGUGCCUGCUGCUGCUUGUCGCGCUCGGCGUCACGCUUCUCUCCAUCCGCAAGCUGUGCGACCUGCUCACGCCCGCGCCAGUGCCCGUCUGACCCGUCAGCCCUGAGCCGCUGCCGAGCGGUGGCGCGCUGUCCGAUGACAGCGCCGUCUGAAGCCCCUGGUGGCACCGAGAGCAGUGACACGCUCUGUGACGUCACGUGUAGGAUCGCUUGCGUGCUUCUCAAAGCGCGCAGAGAGUACCUUGUACCGACGUCAAGCGCUUUGUACCCAUCUAGUGGACGAAAUGUUAUUAUUCACUUUUGGAUGGGCUUUUAACGUGUUGAGCGUUGCAGCGACGUUAUGAGUGGUGGAUAUAACUUGUGCUUUGGCUGGUCCUAGCUUCUGUGAAGAAGAUGUGAGCCGUCGUAGACAAUGAAAACAGAAACCUUGCACCGAGUUGAAAGAGCACGGCUGCGCAGUUCCCAAAAAUAAAACGGAGAGAAGGCAAACAUCCUCAAGUAAAGGAAAAAGAAAAUAUAUUGUAGUGUUUCUUACGACUGUCAUCCAGGUAAUUCAGUUUCUUUACAGUAGGGAGUACUGCAUUUUUGCACUUGUCUACCGAACUUGCUAAACCUGUGCUUAUUUCACUGAGUGCCGUUAAUAGCCUAUCUUCAUCAGGAGCAGCCUUUCAAAGCCCAGCCACCAUUUAUACCCGAGUCCUCAAGGAUUGUUUUGGACCGCCCUUAGCUUGUGCACGAACGGUGAAAUGUGCAGCUCGCAUCGUGACGUUGCAACAACACCAUUCUCGACUAAUUCGUGUGGACACACCCAGUGCCACGCCGUGUCGACCUUGUGUAUGCUGACAGGUCGCACAAGCCACCUCUACGGAACUGUGCCAGCCUGCAUGUCGUCGACCCGGAAUGACGGUCUCGGCACCGUCAAUUAGUUUGGUGUCUUAUUUCAGCUUAUACCUCUGUCGGCGUGAAUGACUCUUCCAACUUUUGCAAGAAUCCGCAUCCUUGCGGACAAGUUUUACAAGUGACACUGUUCCAAUCACGUAUUCGCCCAACUAUACUUGAGUGUGUGAACUUCUGAUUCAGUGGUUCGUAGCCAACCCUGCAUGCCACGGCGUCAUGACAGCUAGUUAUCUCUUGUAACGCGCUUUCAGCGAAGACGCGGCAUGACGCAAAACGACAGCCAUGUAGUUAACUUAUGGUUACUCCUUGCAUACAACCGCUUUUUUAAUAGUACACUCACACGCUUCACAUUUUAAUACGCGCACAAUGUGCGAAGUACGUUUGACCGCCGUUCGUGAGGCUGCGUACUGUCUCUUGCGCUGGAGCAACGAAGUCAGCAUUUGUGAAGUGUACACGAUUUUCAUUUGGAGGCAUGAAUACAUGUGGUGAAAUUCUUAUCUUUCGUACACGUUAAAAAUGUCUUUGUAACAUCGACAGAUGCGGGUACUGGCUAUCGGCUUGGCAUUAUGGUUAGCAUAUAUUGCGAGCAGGGCCUAAGAUGCUCGACUAUAUGUGCUUUAUGAUUCGCCGAUGUGCCUGAAUCGUUCGAUCUACCGCUCAAGAAACAAUACCAAGAAAGGUCUCUUAUCUUUGCUGACAUAAUUUUUCGUGUCCUCAGAUGUGUGUACGAAAUCACCGAGGUAAAAAAAAAAAAAGAAAACAAAGAAAACACCGAGUAAAGUGUCGAACUAUAAUGUUCUGGAGGCGGACAUCCAAGGCUGUUGCAAUGCAACCAAAAAUGCUGCGAUGCUUAUUGGCAGAAUUAAUUAAGCUGAAUUUAAUAAGACAGAACGGACAGUACAAGCGUUACACAACUACUCUAGUCCCUGGGCGACACGACUUAUGACAGACCUGCCACUUUGUAUACGGUAACUCCUGCAUGCAUUGGCAGUGCAGUGCGUGCCCUGUUGCGGCGACCAUUAUUUUGUCUGUCAAACGCAUUUCCGUCUCGUUUCUUGACUUCGCCAACUUACGGCAGCACUGUGUUCUUCACUGUCUAAGCACACACUGAGUCACUGACAGCUGUAAGCUAUACAGGUGGUGCUUGCCUCGGAGACGGCCGAAUUGUGUGCAUGUCUAUACUGUGGUACCAAUGACAAUAUACACAUUGCCCUCUCAUAUGUCAUGUCUACGAAGUCAUGUAAUUUUAUAGUGCAUUUUGUGCAAAGGAAUGGGACAUUUUGCCAAGGCGUUAGAAGAGCUACGUUCAGCUUGUUACUGUAUGCAUGAACUACUUGCAGUACACUUACUCCUAGUUUUGAUCCUAAAGACGUUAUCCU